UUUAUUGCUCAAUCCUCCAUCCAUCCUUUCUAGAAGCCCUAAUCCCGACCUCCUGGCUCCGCUUCUCUUCUUCUUCAUUCUCCGUACAACUGGAACCUGGUGUUCUGUACAGCCUUGACGGCAUCUACUCUCGUUUAAUCUGUUUGCUGGUCAAACUAAUCUGGAGUUUCAAACCAGUAACCGAUCAUUCCCUAGUACCUCACUCUUUACUCAUUGACACCCAUAAUGGCCCCCAUCAUUGAAGCUGCCGUGGUUCUCCUAGCUCUUACGGGCAACAUUGUGGAGGCUAAGCCCCUGCGCACUCCCGGUCGACAUGCGCCCCCAGGUGUGGCUAAUGUCCUCGCUUCGUCCAAGAGGUCUCUUCAUAGUCUUCUUGCCAGGUACUACGGAACUGCUCACGGGCUGAGUAAACCGCCUUCUCUUCCUACCAAGCGUGACACGUCCUUACCGAACGGGUGGUCAACCUUUGGUUGCGUCGCCGAGUCUUAUGACGAGCGUUUACUGCAAGGAUUUGCAUUUUCAUCUUCCAGCCUUACUCCUUUUCUUUGCGUCACCGAAUGUACAAAAUUAGGGUAUACUAUGGCAGGCACCGAGUACGGCGAUGAGUGUUACUGUGGCGAUAAUUUCGUCGGUAAUGGCGGUGGCAUGGCUCCUUCUUCCUUCUGCAGUAUGCCAUGCGAGGGCGACACAAGUGAGAUGUGCGGCAACAGUUGGUAUCUUAAUCUCUACACGUACAACUCUAGCGCUCUUCCUCUUUGUAGCGGGCCUACCAGCACGGUUUCUGCUCCUGUGGAAGAAACUAGUAGUCUUUUGUCUACGUAUUACUCGACCUUUGAAUCCUCUGUAACCGCCACCUCAUCUUUGGCGUCUGCUUCUUCAACAGAUGCCACCAUUAGUGCCAAUUCAUCGAGCUCCGUGAUGUCUGCUUCCGCGACUGCGACGGUAUCCUCAAGCGCUAUAGAGACAGCCGGGUCUGUGACCAAUAGCGUCUCUAGUGAUACCGCUCCUGCAGCGACAUCCAUUUCGACUUGUCCCAUACAUGAGGAUUCCGACGACUCUUCCGAGUGGUAUGCGCUUGGCUGUGGCUUGGACUCCGAGGAUCGGAUUCUAUCGUCAUACUUUAUAAGCCUUGACAAUAUGACUGUCGACUCUUGUCUCACAAUCUGCGAAACCCGUGGAUACGUGUAUGCGGGCCUGCAAUACUCCGAUGAGUGUUACUGUGGAAACUCAUUAUCCUCGUCUACAAGUUACGACAGCACUCGGUGUGAUAUGGACUGCGCUGGGGACUCUGAGGAUACUUGUGGUGGUACUUGGGCUAUUGAACUCUUCAGUCUCAUCUCGUCAUCUUCAAGUUCCUGUACCGAUAGUCUGUCCACCGAGAGUGCAACCACAACUCUUGUUACCUCAACUACUAGCGGGUUCAACACUGCAAAUACCACCGCGAUUGCGAGUAGCACAGACUCUGCUUCUUCAGUCAUUGUUACCUCCUCAGAACGCGCUACAGAAGCUACUUCUGUUACCGAGUCUACGGCGGGAUCUGAGACAGUCAGUGUCCCCGUCACGUCGGCAUCCGUCAUUUCCCCAACUAGUACGACUUCUACGGAGUCCACCGCUUCUGCAGCCUCAACUUCUGUCCCAUCUUCUUCCAGCACUCAUCAAGUCUGGGCUCACUAUAUGGUCGGUAAUACCUACCCUUAUACUGUUUCAAAUUGGGCUAGCGACAUUUCUGCCGCUUUAGCGGCUGGUAUUGAUGGGUUCGCACUCAACAUGGGUUCCGACGACUGGCAACCCGCUCGUGUAGCAGAUGCGUACUCUGCCGCCGCUUCUACAGGCUUUAAGUUGUUCCUGUCUCUUGACAUGACCGUUCUCAGCUGUUCGUCAUCUUCGGAUGCCGCAAAGCUCGUCUCUAUCGUUGAAGGAUACGCAACUGCGACCGCUCAAGCCACCUACGAGGGCAAGGUACUCGUCUCCACCUUUGCUGGUUCGGAUUGUGCUUUCAGCUGGCAGACAGACUUUGUAGACGUUCUCUCGUCUGCUGGAAUCAACAUCUUCUUUGUACCUAGUAUCUUCUCCGACGUCAGCACGUUCUCUUCCAACACUUGGAUGGACGGUGAGCUCAAUUGGAAUUCUGGGUGGCCGAUGGGAGCCGAGGACAUCACUACUACGUCAGAUGACGCGUACAUGGCCGCCCUUGGCAGCAAAGAAUACAUGCCUGCUGUGUCUCCGUUCUUCUACACUCACUUCGGUCCCAAUUCCUGGAAUAAGAACUGGCUUUACCGUUCCGAUGAUUGGCUCUACUGCACUCGAUGGGAACAGAUUAUAGCCAUGCGUGACAGUGUGCAGAUGACGGAAAUUCUUACUUGGAACGAUUUUGGAGAAUCCUCGUACAUUGGUCCUAUUGAAGGUGCUCUUCCUGCAGGCUCUGAGGCCUUUGUUGAUGGUUUCACACACACUGGGCUCUACUCCCUCACCUACUAUUACGCAACUGCAUUUAAGACCGGUGCCUACCCGACUAUCACAGAAGACGAAAUCAUCGUAUGGGCCCGCCCUCACCCGCACGAUGCAACUGCCUCGUCCGACUCCAUUGGCAGACCUACAGGCUGGUCCUACACAGAGGAUUACCUGUACGCAGUAGCCUUGACGACAGACGCUGCUACCGUGACUCUUACAUCAGGUUCCACCACUGAAACGUUCACUGUCUCAGCCGGUCUCACUAAGCUCAGGGUCUCCUUGUCCGAGGGUUCCAUCUCCGGUUCAAUCUCUCGUUCGGGCAGCACAGUGGCUUCUUAUGAUGCAGGCUCCGCCUUCACGUACACUACCUCACCCACCACUUAUAACUUCAAUUACUUUGUUGGAUCUAGCUCUUCAUAGUAUUUUUUGUGGUUGACUGGGUUGUGGUAUAUCAGGUGUUAAUAGUUGUUCUUUUUUCUUCUUGAUCUACAGAAUUUUUUCUUAUCUAUAUUGACCCUUUUUAAUCUUCAUAAUGUCUCGCUGCCUGUAAUGCCGGCAUCCUGAUCAUAUUAUUACUUAUUUAGGACACAUUUAUCUAGCAGAUGAUGUACUUAAUUUCA